UAAAUAUAUUAAAUAUGGAGUCAAGUAUUGUUAAAUGUCAUUCGAAUAAAAUAAAUAAAAUUUAUUUAUGUAUAUUCUGAAAGAAACAUGUCGAAAUCAUCUAAAAGAAAAAUAACAGUUGACUUAAAUACAAAACCAAUCAAAGAUCAGCAAUUAAAACCUCGCCAAAGUGUAUUUGAACGUUUAGGUACAAAAGCGUCCACAGAAUAUUGUCGACAUUGGGCACAAAACGGUAAUUGUCCAUAUGGUAAAAAUUGUAAAUAUGCUAGUACCCACACAUUAAUCAGUCCAUCAAAACAACGAGCUGCAGUUAAAAAGGAUGGAACAAUUGAUACAAAGAAAAAAUUACAUGUUACAAAUAAAGAUGAUCCAAAUAAGCGAUUGCAUUCGACUAUUGUAAAAGCCGGAAGAAAUUCAGAAGUUGAGUGGGACAAUUGGGAUCAAACUGACCUAGAAUACGCUGAUGCAGAUGCAUUAGAAAAACGUCGUCAAGAAUUACAACGUCAACUUGAACUCCAAUUAAAAAUGGAAUCAAAACAAGUUCAUAAAAAAGACAAAAAACCUAAAAAAUGUGAAAGUAGUUCCUCAUCAACCGGAAGUUCAAGUACAAGCUCUGAAUCAAGUUCUUCAAGCGAUGACUCUAGUUCUGUGUCAAGCUCCUCAUCAAAAGAAUCACAUCGUCGUAAAAUGAAAAAGACAAAAACAAAACAACAGUCUAGUUCAAGCUCCGAUGAAGUCACACACAAGAAGAAAUUAACUCCAAAAACUGUUGUUGCUAAACGUGCGAAUGUUCAUGCUAAAUUGCCAAUUCGUCAUCGAGAAAACGUUAUACAUGGUAAAAAAUUAACAGAGACUAAUUCGCCAGCUCGAAAAGUAGCUGCUCCCAAAACACCACCUUCAAAGUUAUCAAGAUCCCCUACACCUCGGCGACCGUUAUCAACUACGCCUCCUUUAAAAACAAAGAGUACAACACCUUCAAAACCUGGAACAUCAAUAAAAUCAAAUAUUAAAACAGCUCGGUCCUCACGUUCAAUCGAAAGGAAAGAUCGAAGGGGUACUCCCUCACCUAGACCUCCUACCCGCAAUCGUGAUCGUGAUGACAAAGAUAAACAUAAACUUCGUGAAAAAGAACGGGAAAGAGAUAGGGAAAUAGAACGAGAAAAAGAACGAGAGAAAGAAAGAGAAAAAGAACGCGAAAGAGAAAAAGAAAAAUUAAAAGAGCGAGAUCGAAAUCAUGAUAAAGAUCGUGAUCAAAUAAAAUUACGAGUGCGUGAUCGUUCUUUAACACCGAAAAAAGAUUUGCGUAUAAAAGAUAUUCGUAAAAAAGAUUCACCUGAUUCCAAUAAUAUAAGGGAUCGUAGUCGUGGAUCACCGAAUCGACUGCAUAAUACUCUAAAUCGACGUCGUGAAGAUAGAAGUCCAAUUAGAGAUGAUCGUAGAUCUGAUCGGUCACGAGAUGAUGAUCGUAAAAAAGAUAAAGAUCGAUCGAUUGAAAGAAGUCAUAAGGAUGAUAAAAAUAUUCGCCGACAUGAUGAUCGUGAUAAUCGUCAAAGAGAAAGGGAUCCAAAACGUAUGACACGCGAAGAGCGUGAAGCUGCUAGAGAAAAAGAACGGGAAGAAGCGUUAGCAAGGUGUCAAGAAAGGCAAAGAGAACGUGAAAGAUUGAAGAAGCUGGCAGAAAAGGAACGUGAAAUGCAUUUACGAAAUCGUGAACGUGAGCGUGAUAGGGACCGUGGCUUAGAUAAACCAUCAGGGGAUAAAAUUGAACGGUUACUUCCGCUUCCAUCAGAAAGAAUACCGCCAUCAAUGCGAAUGCAAGAUUUAGAAAGAAGUGGGUCAAAAACAAAUGACCGUAGAGAUAAAAGUAUGGAUCGGAAUUCUGAUCGAAGUUUUACGCGUGAUAGAACAGACCGUGAUCGUUUAAACAGGCGACCUGAUAAUCGAAGUUAUGAUCACACGGUUGAGCGUACAUAUCGAGAACGUGGCUAUGAAAGAGAUCGUGAUACUGAUCGUAGUAAUGAAAGAGAUUAUUCUACUCGACAUGAUUCUGAAAGACGUGCUUUACAUUCUGACGAUAAAAGUUUUGACAGCCCCUACGAUAGUAGGAGACUUCGCGAAGAUCGCCAUUACAUUGAACCAGAUAGUGAACGCUAUGAAGAUGCGAUUCCAAUACGUGAUUCUCACCAUAUUGGUGAUUAUCCUGAUGAUAGACGAACUCGUUCUGAAACUUGGGAUGAAAGAGAAAUUCGAGACGUCCCGGGACAUCGGACAUAUGUUCGUGAUAAUUCUAGACCACCAGUUCAUAAAGGUCGUGAAUGGGAAAAAUCUGAAUAUAUUAAUAAUCGUCAUGAAUGGUCUGAAAGGGGUGGAACUGCACAUGAUUGGGAAGAAAGAGGCCGUGAAGAUUGGGAACAAACUGAUCGACCAACUGGUGAAGAAGAAUGGCGAGGAAAUUAUGAAAAUUGGCAAAGUGAUGAACGUCGACCAAGGAAUUGGUCAGCAGGUGAAUGGAAUGAAAGAACUGGUGUUCCAAAACGACCACCAGUAUCACAAGUUCGUCCUCCUAAACCAAUUGUGAGAGAUGAAAAACUGGUAUCACAAGUACCAAAAGAAGAAAUUCAUGUAGAAUCGCGACGUAUAGUUCCAAAAUCAAUUGAACAUGAUGUUAUUCCUCCAGCUGAAGUUAUACCAGAAACUCCAAAUCGACCAGAUUUAAAAAAAGAUAACCUGGGUAUUACGUAUGGUAAACGAAAUGCUGAAUCACCAGCAGAAGGUGUUCCUGAAGCCAAAAAACAAGUAACAUCUAUUGUAGCUGAACCUAUUGCACCCUUAGAAGCUGACGAUUUAAGUGAAAUUAGUGACGAUGCUGAUGAAAUACUUAAUCGAGAAGACGAUGUUGAAGACUUAAUUGAUAAUAGUGGACAAUUUGCGGCAAGUGAUCCAGUUAGGUCUUUUGACAUUCUACAAGAACCUCAAACCGAGGCUCUAAUUAAUCAAGAAAUCACCACAGAUCCAGUUAUUACUCAAACAAGCGACACUCAAGCUGUUGAAGUUGAGCAACAAAAUUCAAAUGACGAUAAACCAUUAUCGCCUGCAACCAGUGUGCCAGUGAUUUCACAAAACACCGAAGUUUCAAAUUUGCCAACUGAUCAGAAUUCGGUUGAUGAAGAAGCAAUUGAUCAAAUGGACUUUGAAGAAAUUUCUGAUGAAGAACUUGAAGAAGAGACUAAAGUAAAGGGGUUAGGUGAUGCCUUAGGUGUUGAUUGGGCUAGUUUAGUUGCAGAAUCAAGGCCACGUAUAAAAGUGAAUUCAUCGGGGUCAGCUAAAAAACGAUGGGAACCACAUCGAGUAUUAGCUAGAAUUGGUAUUUCUAUAAAAAUGGCAGGACCAGAAUUAGCUCAUAAUAUAUUAAAUGAAAUUGAAAGUGAUGAUGUAAAAUCAAACGAAAAUGAAACAAAAAGUGACUUAGAAAAUAAUGAAAAAUUACAAACACAUCCAAUUGCUGGUAUGCAAGUAUCUCUAAGAGAAUGGACUACAAGAAGGCGGCAGCUAUUCGCUAGUGCUGGUCCAUUUAAACGUGCACUGUGUGCUCGCCGUGACUUAGAAAUUCGAAAGUAUCUUUGUAAAUUACCAGUUAAAGAUACCAUUGGCUUGGGUGAUACUCAACACACACAUGAUCCAGAACUAUUUCGGAUGGCGUUAAAAUUAUACGAACGGACCUUGUGAUUAAAUAUAUAAAUGCAAUUAGUUGUAAAUUUUUUUCGAAUUUAUUUCGAGUCAGUGUGUAAAUUAAUGUGCAAACUUUGACACCCAUUUUGUUUGGGUUAUUAAAAUUUAAAAAAACUUUAUUUCUGUAAUACUGAUUAUUGUAAUGACGUAAUGUGUUGAUUUUAAAGAUAUUAGACAAUAAAUAUAAAUACGAAAUAGUA